AGGCCGCGUGUGCAACUCGGGGCCGAUACACCGCUGCCUAGAUUGACGCUUACUCUGCGCGUCUCAUUCACAAACUUUAUCAUUGUUCUCCUUCGACACCUCGACAACAACUGCCAAGGCCGCUUGCGCAACACCGAGAACUUGACCGUGUCUCACCACCAAGCUCUGCCCUUUACAUCGCCCAGCAUGGUACUUCGGAAACCUGACGACCAUGAUCCUCUUGUACCCGCGCCGCUGUCUAAAGCAAACCCCCCAUAUCCCACCUCGCCUACCGAAGAGCAUCCGCCCGUGCUUCCCUUGACACCAGGCAACGUAGGAAACGCGCCCAGCCCGAACAAGUCGCCAGCUUUCAAUAUCAAGACACCAGAAACUACACCGCUUCCCAAUGACAACAAUGAUAUCGACUCUGACUUGAGCGACGACGAGUGGAAUCAGAUCGACGACGAUUUCGAAGAGGUCGACCCUCACGAUGUACCUGCUGCGCUGAAACCUGCUGGAGGGAAGAUGCCACCGGUGCCCAAGAAUGGUGGUCUCCCCGACGCCCUGAGAGCAGGCCCCGCCAACGGAGUGCCCAUAAAGAAGCCAACUGGCCACAUAUCGCCCAUGCCCACUGGAGCCAGUUCCGCAUCUUACGGCGCUGCGAGCACCGUGUCUGAGCAGUCGAAUGGUUCCAUUCCACUCCAGACGAACAAUCCAUACCUAAAGAUGCAAACAACUGGCCAGAAUAGCUGGGACGGGGAGAGCAGUCAGGCCAUCUGGGGCGAUGCGCCAGGCCAAGCCCACAAGUACGAGUCCAGGUACGAAGCGCCCGUGGAGCUGCCGGCAUACCAGACGCCAAGCACACCUUCCCAUGAAAUGCGGAAUCUGGGAUUGGGCGACCAUUCACACGAGCAAACCCCCGCACCACCAUAUGAACCGCCUCUUAUCGAGGUAAACUCACCCACUCCACGGUCUGAAAACGCAAAUGUCUCUCUGGACGCAAAUCCGUGGGAGCCUGCAGAACGACGCCCCAACAAUGCAUGGCAACCAGCGUAUACAAAUACCCCCAGCCCAGUAGCGGAUCAGCCUGUUCCAUACAAUACCCAUGCUCUAGAGACGGCCCCUGUGGUUCCUCAGACGCAAACACAGCAGACUUCAGCGUCUCUCGAGGAACAACCGCCUGCGCUGCCUCCAAGAAGAUCGACUGAGGACAUGGCAUCUAGUAUGUCUCCAAGGCCUAUUGAUACUGGAGCGGGCUCUGCGGUUGCACCUGGUCUAGAGUCUCCCAACACUAGGAUGAACAGACAGAGGAAAGAACACUAUCAAAUCAAGCACAUCCGAUGGUUGGAUCACAAUAUUGAGGACAUGCGCGUCUCACCAAUCUUGACGCAAAACCUAAACGGACCAUGCCCUUUGCUUGCUCUAGUCAAUGCCCUCGUACUCUCAACCCCUGCAAGGCUUGAGACUGCAUUGGUUGAGACGCUUCGCACGCGCGAGACUGUUAGCUUAGGCUUGCUACUAGAUGCUGUCUUUGAAGAGCUAAUGUCUGGUCGACGAGGCGAUGCUGCGCAAGAACUACCUGAUGUCAGCGAACUCUACAAAUUUCUCCUUGCUCUGCACACUGGCCUAAAUGUCAACCCAAUGUUUGUUCCGGAUACCAAUCCGGGAAGUGGUCAUGCUGCGCUUACGAAUCGCGCAGGCGCUUUCGAAAACACACAGGACAUGAAGCUGUACCGAACUUUCAACAUUCCGUUAAUGCACGGAUGGCUUCCAGAGGCCGGAACUCCUGCGUUUGCCGCCUUCAACCGCAUAGCGCCUUCUUAUGAAACAUCACAAUUCGUUCAAUUUCAGGAAGAGGAGCUCAACACAAAGUUGGCUUCGGGCGAUUCUCUGAACGAAGAAGAGCAGCAGAUGUUCACAGACAUUCAUGCCAUCAAGGAGUUUUUGUUGACCUGGCCAACACAGUUGAGUGACUAUGGUUUGAAGGUGAUUCGAGAUAAUCUCCAGCUCGGCCAGGUUGCCAUCUUGUUCAGGAACGACCACUUUUCCACAUUGUGCAAGAAUCCUCGCAAUGGACAGCUCGUCACUCUCGUCACCGAUCAAGGCUACUCAAGCCACGACGAGAUUGUUUGGGAGUCUCUCACAGAUGUCAAUGGUCAAGGCAGUCAACUCUUCUCGGGAGAUUUCCGCUCAGUUGAUAACAGCGACAUGUCUGCGGUACCACAAGGGCAACCACAGUCCCAACCUGAAAUCGAUAACGGCCAAGGCUGGACUACUGUGCAAGGCCGUCGUGGACAACAGCAGUCAGAUGCUGCACAAGCUGUAGAAAUUACCUCUCCCAGCGAACUCAGUAGAGCCGAGCAAGAGGACCAUGACCUGGCACUAGCACUACAACUCCAGGAGGAAGAAGAAGACCGCCAAAGACGCGAAACUGAGCAACGAGAACGAGACAAUCGACUCACUGCGAACCCAGCAUCGCAAAACCCUCCACCCCCAACAUCGCCCAACCGCCGCCCUGAGCAGACCCCGGCUAUCCCACCUCGUCGCAACAACAUCACAACCCACCGCCCAAACAACGAGCCCGCGCCCCCGCCACUCUACGAAGAAGCAAUCACAACACCCCAAUACAACCCUCCCGCCGGCCACCCCGCAAACCCCCAAGCGCCAAUGUCCCAUGGAGGCGCAUACCAAGCUACUAGUGGUGGCUUGCCUCCACCCCCUGGUUCUGGAGGUCGCCGUCCAAACAUGAUGCCCGGUCGACCUGGUAGACGGCAGAGUGGUGCUGGACCGGAUGGUGCGGUACCGCCGAACGGCAGCGAGGAAAGGGAUAAGUGCGUUGUCAUGUAG